UCGCACGCAGCUGCUCGAGAGUGCGCGUCCUGGGCAGCAGCGCCGAACCGUGCGCAGCAGCUGGCAGCUGCGUCUUGAAGGAAACGCCGCACCUAACAAGUGCUCCGCCUGCCGACGCUGCUUUCCGCCGGCGGUGAACGACGACGAAUCUGCCGACGCUGCCGCGGCGCCCGCUGAAUCAAAGCCAAGAAGGAAUCGCACCGUGUCGCAUCGUUUGUGCCUUGACCUUUCAGAUCAUCAUCGAAGCGUCACCACACUGCUGCCUCGGUGAAGCAGAGAAGAUGACUCCCAGGACGGGCUUCUUCAAGUGCUCUCUUCAGAGAGGCACUCGCUACGCAGCUGCCAUAACACUGUUCUCGACGAGCCUGCUGUUCGUUACCUACAUGAUCUCUCUGUACCGCCAGCACGGCUUCCUCGAAUCUAUCAACAGGUCCCUGGGAUUCGACGUGACACCCGCUUCGCCAGUCGUGGAGUUCAUGGCCAUGUUGGGCUUCGGCCUGAUCCUGCUCUUCGAGAUGAUGUCCUCCUGGCUGGCCAUCAAGGCAACCACACUGGAAAGUCGCUGGCUCCUGUUACCCUUCAUAGGACUCACAACUUGCGGCAUCGUGUCGCCAGCACUCAUGUCGGCAGUUAUCGUGCUCUCCUGUCGCCGCUAUGAGACCGCGCCGUUACCCCUCAACACCCUAAUACCGGUUUUGUUCAUCGUCUUGACUAGGACAUACUUCCUGUUGGUGACCGUGUCCUACUACCGCGAGCUCCAGGAACGCGAGUCGCGCCAGGAGGAGACCCUGCCGUCAGUGGCGUCCCAGGUACCGCAGCUGCACAUCGACGACCUGCCAGCGCACAAGCGGCUGCCGCCCUUCCUGCUCGACUACCUGCAGAAGCCUCCUCCAUACGAAGGAUACGACGACGAGGCACGCGUGCAGGAAGACCCCAAGAGUGGAAUUGGCAUGCGCCUGUACAUGUGAACAUGCAUGGUCGAAGCGCUUGUAGCUGCAUCUCGUCCUUGCCAUACGGAAGAGAAGACAGACGAUGACUUUGUGUACGCGAAAUUUUGUACAUAGCUCCAAGGUACAGCGCUUGAUCUCAUCGUGUGACACGCCCAGAACUGUCUUCGAGCAAACCUGCGUCAGACCGGACUUCCCAUCCAGAUGGAGGAAAUGCCAAAAAGAAGCAAGCACCACAAUUGAGUGCGAUGUUAUCACUAUACCGUCUGUCCCAUGCAGCUAACGCUAGCCAAGCUAUUCAAAUAAGAAAAAAAAAAGAUUAAGAAGUCACGCUGCGAGGUACGAUUAUAAGACCUAGGAUUUCAGUCGUUAGAGGUAUGACGACCGAAAACCGUAGACCUUAAAACCGUAUCUUGCACACCGUUUUUUUUAAUAUCUUUUUUUUUCUUUGAACAGCUUGGCUAACGUUAGCUGGGACACCUUAUAGAUGAUGUGCUUAUGUUGGAUCAUAUAUUAUUUCAUUCGAUAAAGCUGGUUCAGUGGAAAAUAGCAGCGAAAUACAGCACCCGGGAGAAGUUCGUCAUUUGAAAAACCCUCCUGUGGUACGCUGCUUGACAUGGUUCAACAAUGGUCAUUCCUGACACCGCAGCUACAAUAUGCACUACGUACAAGUGCCGAACGCGGAACGGAACGCUUUAUUCAUGUGCAUGCAUAUGUUGCCCAACAUGAAUUUUGGGUCAGGUUUGCUCGAAGAGUUCCAGGUUCGCACAGGGGCAUCUGGUUGUGUUUGUCGCCUUUCUCAACUGGGCACUGACGACAGCAGAAUUCAUCAUGUUCGCGUUUUGUCUUCUUGAUGUCUUGCUAUGUAUGGUAACCAUAUGCAUCGUAUUUCUGACGCCUUUUGAACGAAGCGUCACCACGCGUCGACGCGUCUGUUUUACGCUGUACGCCGACAUCGCUAUGAUCAUGCACAACCGGACCGUGUUAGUUGCGAAUAUGGUUUUAAAGCGGACCCAUAUGGUAUGCAUUCCGGCCAUAGCGGUAGCAUGUAGUACUAUAGUAUUACCGCGCGACGCGCAUACGCUGACGUCGGAAAUACGUUGCGUGUCGUCGCCGUUUUAGUUCUGUUUUUUCUCCUUCAACUCAUCCAUCAGUGGGGGCCAUCACUGGGUUAGGUCAACGAAUCAGAAAUUAAGAAAUUGACUACCGCCUUUGUCCUCCAUGCAAAGGCUCGCCCCUGUGGUAUAUUUAGCUGUUUGCGGUGCACAACAGGCGAUUCUCCUGUGCUCGCUUUCUUUACGUUCCUCCUUUCUGUUUGCGAAAGUCUGCUAGUGAUUAGGAAGCACUAUGACAAGAAGUUAUCUAAGAGCUUUAGCUGUUCGCCUACCUACCCUUAUUUUUUUAGUGCGUGCUUCUCCUUGAAUCUGGAGGGGAGCGGAGUAGUGAUUACUGGGUGAAAUCAGCCGUAACUAUCAUCUCACUCUAUAGUAAAACCUUAACUGCGGUAUAUAAAUCGGGGAGAGUAGGGAAAAUGAGAAAAGGGCGGCUGGAGUUACGAACAUGGCCAGCUCGAUGGCAGGGUGAAAGCAGACGGGAGGAGUGGAUAUUCGUCCAGCACUGUCUUUCAAUGUGGGUACACGCGUACCAUCCGUGCGGACCUCUUCAGUCCGCAGUCGGCACGGAUCGGCUGAAGAGGUCUCUAUCUACCGUGAAGUCAAGGGCGACCUGGAAUGCCCUGCUGCGCAUCUUGCGGCGUUUAUUUCUCCACCUAUCUCGCUCCGUUCUCUAUUUUACCGCAGCAGCAUGGUCACGUGUUCGUCGCGUGGUGUGGCCGCAUGUCGCUUUGUAUACACGCGGUGCACGUGGUGCGCCAAUAUAAAAGGAAACACCGAAUCAGCGAUCAAAGCGGUUAACUUUCCUUGAGUAUGCUCACGAUGAGAAAAAAAAAAGUUGCAUGAGCGGGAUUCCUCAACAGGUGAACGAAAUAACAAAUAGCAGUGAGUGAGGUUUUGACCUGCACGGCUUCAAGAAUCGCUGUUUCAAGGCAGAUGAAGUGUUCCCUUUCAUAUUGGCGGAGCGCGUACCUUCAUUCGCUUGUGUUGCACAUUGCACUCCUACACACCUGUGGCGUGGUUACAAAGACAGCUGAUCGGCUAUCAAGUGCCGCCAUCGUCAGCGCUCAGACAUAUCAGAAAAGUCCAACAUUCAUUUUGUUCUUGCCGCGGGAUUGAACUGAGCAGUCGAGAGCGGCAAACUCUUGUCACAAAAUUACGUUUUGACCUUCUCGAUGCCGUUUUGGCACAUUACAUUGAUCGCACUCUCUCACAUUCUCAUUUAUUGACGCCUUGGCAUGGCAGUUUCUUUCGAUCGUUAGGAACGGCAAGGCAGCGUGAACGCAAUGGCCAAAGCUAUGGAAUACCUGCAACUCUUGUUAUCGUGUUUGUGUUGUUCCGCUGCGCCUAAUGUCCGACGAAAUAGCCCUGACGGUGGAUAUCACUAAUCUGCUGCGCACGUGCAACUAUGAAGAACUGAUACCGCGUGAAAAAUUGAGAAAUGGGGCUAAAGUUCUUUAUUUCCCCCCCCCCUUUUUUUUUUUAAUCGCCACUGCAGUCAAACAUUGCUCCUGCAGGCUGUUAGGACACACAUGUCCGAUUUGACAAAUACUUCAAAAUGCCCUCCCCGAGAAAAUAGGAAACGAAAAAAGAAACGAAGAAAAAAGAAGAACGCUAUUCCCCACUUGUUUACUUAACACGAGAGCUCUUCCUUUCUGUCUUCAUCACAAAACUCUUGGUCGAAGCAACACUCUCUUUCUCUACGCAUUUCACGCAUGCGCGGUGUACACAUCGGACGUGGCUGUCUAAAAAGGAGUGGAAUAAAGGCCCCGGCCA